GCGAGUCUCCAUUGUGGGCGGCCGGACGAUGGGUGGCUGCUCGCUGCCGCGCCUGGCGCUGGCCGUCUGCCUGCUGCACUGCUCGGGCCCAGCGGCCGCCGAGUUGACCGUCCCGCGGAGCCUGGGCGCCGGGACAGGAGCGGGCCGGCCCGGUGAUCACCUCCAACUGGCGCUGCCGGCCUGGGGCACCGAGCUGGUGCUGUCGCUGAGGCGGGGGCUGCGCUUCCUGGCGCCGGCUUUCAGUGUCGAGGAACGGGGUCGAGGCACCGGCCGCCUCCCCGCCGAGCAUCACUGCUUCUACAGCGGCCACGUCCGCCGCCGCCGCCGCUCCUUCGCCGCCCUCAGCACCUGCCGCGGACUGUUGGGAUACAUCCAGAUUGGUGAUGAUCUAUUGUCAAUAGAACCUGUAAACAAAAUCAACUCAUCAUUCAGUGGAGAAGUUCACCGGAUCUACAGGCACAGACGGUCCCUCACGUCCAAGAAGAAUCGCCGCUCUGAUUUCUGCAGGGUGAUCCAAGGAAGACAGAAGCUGAAGAGAGCUGCUGAUCACCGGCCCAGAAGAAAUGCCAUUCGAUUAACGAACGAGUACACAGUGGAGACUUUGGUGGUGGCAGACUCCGACAUGGUAGAGUAUCAUGGUGCAGAGGCAGCCCAGCGAUUCCUGCUCACUGUCAUGAAUAUGGUAUACAACAUGUUUCAGCAUCACAGUCUGGGAAUUAAGAUCAAUAUUCGAGUCACCAAACUGGUUUUGCUUCACAACCGUCCAGAGCAGCUGUUGAUUGGUCACCAUGGGGAGAAGUCGCUGGAGAGCUUCUGUCAUUGGCAGCACAGAGAGUUUGGAGCACGAUACCUGGGGAAUAACCAGGUGCCCGGUGGGAAAGAUGACUACCCAGCUGUAGACGCUGCUGUAUUUGUCACAAGGACUGACUUCUGUGUACAUAAAGAUGAACCCUGUGAUACUGUGGGAAUUGCGUACCUGGGAGGAGCUUGCAAUCCGAAGCGCAAGUGUGUGCUUGCUGAAGAUAAUGGCCUCAGCCUGGCCUUUACCAUUGCUCACGAGCUGGGCCACAACCUGGGGAUGAGCCAUGACGAUGAUCAUUCUUCCUGUGGUGAACAUUUCCACAUCAUGUCCGGCGAGUGGGUCAAAGGGAAGAACCCAAGUGAUCUCUCCUGGUCAGCCUGUAGCCACGACGACCUGGAGAAUUUCCUAAGGUCAAAGGCUAGUUCUUGCCUCCUGGAAACCGAUCCAAGAAGUCACCAUGCAACAAGGCUCCCACCGAAGUUGCCGGGCAUGCACUACAGCGCUGAUGAACAGUGUCAGAUUCUUUUUGGAAUCAAUGCAACCUUCUGCAAAGAAAUGGAGCAUUUGAUGUGUUCGGGCCUCUGGUGUCUGGUGGAAGAAGACCUACCGUGUAAAACAAAAUUGGAUCCUCCGCUAGACGGCACAGAGUGUGGUGUUGACAAAUGGUGCAGAGCAGGGGAGUGCGUCAGCAAAACGCCAAUCCCCGAGCACGUGGACGGCGACUGGAGCAGCUGGAGCCAGUGGAGUAUGUGCAGCCGGACCUGUGGAACCGGAGCCAGGUUCAGGCAGAGAAAAUGCGACAACCCUCCUCCAGGUCCAGGAGGAACAAACUGCCUGGGAGCCAAUGUGGAACAUAAGGUGUGUGAGAAUAUACACUGUACCAAAGGAUUGCCCAACUUCAGAGAUCAGCAGUGCCAGUCCCAAGACAGACAAGGUCAAAAGAAGAGAAAACACUGGACUGCAGUCCUCAAUGAUGACAUGCCUUGUGCUUUGUAUUGCUCCCCCUUCGGGAAGGAGUCCCCUGUUCUGAUAGCUGAGAGAGUUCUGGACGGCACUCCCUGUGGGCCCUAUGAGACUGACCUCUGUGUGAAUGGCAAAUGCAAGAAGAUUGGCUGUGAUGGAAUCAUUGGGUCUGCAGCAAAAGAGGAUCGUUGUGGGGUGUGCAAUGGUGACGACAAGUCCUGCAAGAUCAUCAAAGGGGAUUUCAAUCAAAGCCAAGGAAUGGGUUACGUUGAAGCUGCUGUGAUCCCCGCUGGUGCCAGGAGGAUUCGGGUGGUGGAGGAGAAACCAGCCCACAGCUUCCUGGCUUUGAAAGAUUCCACGAAACAAUCCAUCAACAGCGACUGGAAGAUCGAGCUGCCUGGCGAAUUCCCAAUGGCAGGAACCACAGUGCAUUAUGUGCGACGGGGUCUCUGGGAAAAGAUGUCUGCCAAGGGGCCAACCAAAACACCACUUCACUUAAUGGUGCUGUUAUUCCAUGAUCAAAGCUAUGGCAUUCACUAUGAGUACACAAUCCCGGUGAACAACUCCAUUGAAGGCAGCAGUGAGGUGCAAAAACCACUGGAACCUCUUUAUCUGUGGACAAACACUGGCUGGGGAGACUGCAGUGUACAGUGUGGAGGAGGCGAACGCAGAACAAUUGUCCGUUGCACAAAGAUUGUCAACAAGACAUUAACGGUAACAAAUGACAGCGACUGUCAGCACCUGGCUCGUGUAAAUCCACAAGUCAGGAUAUGCAACAUACAUCCAUGCCAGUCGUGGUGGGUGGGGGGCAAUUGGUCUCCAUGUUCCAGCACCUGUGGAACGGGAACUCGGGUUCGCAAUGUGACCUGUGUCUAUCAACUGCAAAAUGGCACUUACUUCAACACGAGAAGUCUCUACUGCCUUGGUCCAAAGCCGUCUACAGUACAGGGCUGUGAAGGCCGUGAGUGUCUCGCCGUGUGGGAAGCCUCGGACUGGUCAAAGUGUUCAACAGACUGUGGUCGAGGAAUCCAUCUCAGGACAGUCAAUUGCACCAAUCCUCAAAGCAAAUGUGAUCUUGCAACUAAGCCCAGGGAGGAGGAAGAGUGUGAGGACCAUUCCAACUGCUACAAAUGGCGGACCGGGGAAUGGUCAAAGUGUUCCUCCACAUGUGGAAGGGGCCUGCAGUCGCGAGUGGUUCAAUGUAUGCACAGAAUCACCGGUCGCCAUGGCAACGAAUGCCCUUCUUUAACCAAACCACCAGCUUACAAGCAAUGCCACCAGAAACCCUGCAGUGGAAGAGUCAACGUCAACAGCGUCACACCAUCGAGGCUGGCUGCCCUCACGUACAAGUGCCCGGGAGAUGACUGGGCAGUGUACUGCAGGCUCAUCCGAGAGAAGAACAUGUGCCAGGACCUGCGAUGGUAUCGGCGAUGCUGCCAAUCCUGCAGAGACUUCUACGCAAACAAGCUGCAUUACAGCAGUGAAUCGCAGGUUUUAUUGCAGCAAUGAGAUAAUUUAAGAAGAGCUUUUCUCCGUCUCAUCCUGAACAGAAUUGGGGGAUGUACGGUUUUUAAACUGGAAGAGAACAGUGCUUGGGAAGCUGCGGCCUCCACAACAUCCUUGCCCCACACUCUGCAAACGCACCCUGUAGAUUUGGGGUGCGCUGCAUGAGCUGCUGUUACAGUGUCAGAAGCUGAGCCGAGAAGCCAUGUCAGUGGGUUCUGCACCUGCCUAUCACUGCAACAUCAGCUGCGUGGCUUUAACCAGUGAGAGAAGUAAGCUUAAACAGUAACUCCUUUUUCACUAAUGUGAAAUGAUGCUUAUUGCCUCUUGCUGCAUUUUUUGUAGAGUUAAUAUCGUGCACUUGAACUAUUUCCAGCAGAAAGCAAAGGACAAUGAAGGAGCUGGAAAAUUCAUCCCUUCAAUGCACCUUCAGGUGGAGAUGUGUUUAGAAUCUCAAUCCACUGUUUGUUUUCCCUCUCGUAGUUCUGGAAAAUAUCAAUAAUGUAAUAAACAUCCUUGGCAUCCAGACUAUCGACCAAACCACUUGCUUCAAGAGAAUUUGCAACUUGUUAACUUCAUUUAUAGCAAUGAGUAUUUACAGUUUGUAGCAAUGCAAAGGCAAACUUGAACGAUUCUCUUUAACCUUU